AUGAUCGAUGAAUUUGCCCAGGGCUCCUCGAACCCGGUCGUUCGUAGCGCAGAGUGGGCGUACAAACACACAAACCUCGUCAAAAUCAACGAGGAAGGCGUAGCCGCCGCCGCCCAGUACAUCCACAAAAACAUGCUCGCUACAUCCUACACCCCGCGCACCUGGCGCACCCACCCCCUGCACCUCCUCCCGCCGGAGCCCUUCUCCCCAUCCGACCCGCGCACCCGCACGUGCCUCGACUGGAUCUUCCUCAUCUCCUCGCUGAACUUCAGCUUCUGGUCCGAGCUGCCGGAGCGCGAGCGGUACGGGGUGGAGUGGCGCGAGGGGUGGGGGGCGGCGGGGAGGAGGGUGUGGACGGGGUAUUGGAGCCUGGUCGCGGCGAUAAACAGAGCGCUGGAAGAAGAUAUCCCCAUCACCGACCCAUCCUUCUACUCGGACCCCGCGCGGUGCCCGGACGCGCUCAUCGAGCACGUCUUCCGUCCGACCCCGCAAUCGCGAGAACCGAUCCCUCUGCUGCGCGAGCGCGUCGCCAUCAUGCGCGAGAACGGGCGCAUCCUCUGCGAGAAAUUCGGCGGCGGCUUCCAGGCGUUCAUACUAUCCUUCCAAGCCGCGCGCCGGGACCGAGGAACGGCGCUCCAGCUCGUGCGGGCGGUCACGCACGCGUUCCCGACGUUCCGCGACGAGACCGUGUACGCCGGCCGGAAACUAUACUUCUGGAAGCGCGCGCAAAUCCUCGUCGCCGAGACCUGGGCCGCCUUCUACCCCGCCUCCCGCUCCCCCCCGCACCCACACCCGCUCUUCCCCGGCGCCGGCGCAAGCAUCCACGAGCUCACGAUGUUCGCCGACUACCGCGUCCCGCAGAUCAUGCACCACCUGCGCAUCCUCUCGUACGCGCCUGAAUUGGUGCGGGCGCUGAGGGAGCGACGGGGAAUGGCGACGGGGGGCCGGGAGGAGGUGGCGGUGAGGGCGGGGAGUGUGGUGGGGGUGGAGAGGGUGCGGGAGGAGAUCAGGAGGAUGCGGAGGAGGGAAGGGGGGGAAGGGGGGGAGGAGGAGGUUAGUAGCGUGGUGAUUGAUUUUUAUUUGUGGGAUCUCGCAAAGAGGGUGGAGAGCGGUGAGAAGGUGGCGGGGAUCGAGACUGUGGAGAUGGUCCCUGCGCAUCGGACGCGGAGUAUAUGGUAUUGA